AUGCGUCUAUCAGCCAUACUUUCGUUAACGAUCGCUUCGCUAUGUAGCGCACUGCCUGUCAAUGAGACUGCGGGCAGCUGUUCGAACCCGCGCAUCAGGAAAGAGUGGCGCACUCUCAAUGCUUCUGAACAGAACGCUUACAUUGAUGCCGUUCAAUGUCUGAAGCGGGCGCCUUCCAAGGGUACCGAAGUAUUCAGCACUCUGAAGACCAGGUUUGACGACUUUGUCGCCUUACACAUCAACGCUACACGAGGCGGUCAAGAUGUCCCCUCACUCGCCAAUGAUCCUGAAUCUGCUGCCAACGUCACAAUCUACGGCAUUCACACGGUUGGUGUCUUCCUACCUUGGCACCGCUACGCCAUCUGGGUUUUCGAAUCUGUGCUUCGCUCCGAAUGCAACUACACUGGUGCACAACCCUACUGGGACUGGACUCUCGACAACCCUUCCACCAACGCCAAUGGCUCCAUCUACACCUCACCUGUGCUGAAGGCUUUUGGUGGCGACGGUUCCGGCACAGAUGGUUGCAUCAAGGACGGCCCAUUCGCUGGAAAUGCGUCUCUGAACAUCGGGCCUGUUGAAUCUCUGGCGUCAAACCCGCGCUGCUUGACGCGCUCUGUUGACUUUGAUCUGUUCAAUGGAAGUACCGGUUGGGAAGACAUCUAUCCAGCGACCAUGGAAGCAAAGAACUACUACCAGCUCCAGGCUUUCAUCGAUGGGCUGAGUUUCGUCAAAGAUGAGGACAAGAUCCGUACGAGCGCAUUCCAGUCGCCGCAUGGUCUAGGGCACAUGGCUAUUGGUGGUGACAUCAGCGAUAUCUACUCCUCCCCCAACGACCCGCUCUUCUGGCUUCACCAUUGCCAGCUCGACUACAUGUGGACGCUCUGGCAGAGCCGCGACCCCGUCCGCCUGACUGACAUCGGCGGCCCAAGGACCAUAGAGGGCUUUGGACCUCCCGCUGACGCCGUCGAGCAGACUACACUAGAUACACCGGUCUGGAUGGGGUUCAUGGCCGAAGAUGUUGCCGUGCGUGAGGUUCUGGAUACGUUGAAUCAAGAAGGCGAGGGCGUGCUGUGCUACAAAUAUGAGGACUCACCGUCGGUAGCUGGGCGGGAAUUCUAG